GAUCCUGAGGAAGCCACCGCAGGAGACCAACAAGGCUGCUUGCACGCACGUGAAGUUCAAGGAUUUGACCCAGGACAAUAUCAACAAAAUGUUUCGAGUCCCCACGGCCCCAAAGCAGCUGCAGGAAGAAACCACGGAUGCUGCGCCUGUGGCUACGCAGACCCAGAAGACCAUCCAUUGGAGCAUGCCUGAGGCUGGCCUGGUGACGGUGCGGGAUACGUAUGGGGUGAAGUUCAAGGAGGUCCCAUGGUGGGAUGGAGCAAAGGCUGGUUUCUAUUUUGGCACGUGGACUCACGAUGACGGCAGGGUCUUGCUCGGCUACGUGUCGGACAGGGGUGUUAUUCCUUGCUCAGCCUUCCUAGGCAAGAAAACCAAUCGCAUCUACACGACUCGGGAUGGAAUCCUGGGCUAUCAUCAUGAUGUUGGCCCGUCUGCCAUCAAGACCGACAGUCUUAUUGAUCAGGAAGUGCGGAAGCUCGGGUGGGGCGUCUCGAUCUGCCCUGAGCCAUGCAGCUCCUUCGGGCCCCAGCAGCCGGAGCCGGAGCCGACGUGUCCAGAAGACCUCCCUUCUGCAAAGCUCCAGCAAGCACCGUCCGUGGAUGAUGAAGAGGAGGCCUACACCCUCCGGGCGGCGACGAUGAUGCUGAACCGUCUGAAGAAAAACAAGGGACGUUUGUCUGCGCUGGGUGACAAACUCAAAAGCAUGGUUCUCUCAGACGAUCCCGAGGUCACCAAAAAUCUGAAAUCACUCAUCAUGAAAAACAAUGGUAACCUUAAGGAGGUGGAGCUUCAGAGCCAGGACAUCGUCGAAAGCAAUGUGGAAAGCUUGUAUGGCUCAGAUGCGGAGGCAGUGAUUAUGCACAAGCGAUCCCGUGGAGAAGUCCAGGCUGACAGCAAUGUUCCGGGAGGUGAACUGUAUCUGGUGGAACAGAGCAGAAGUGAUACCACCAACGAGACGAAGAAACGUCGGAUCACUACGUGCUCGAUUCCUCCGCCUGCAACUGCACAACGACCUGCGCCCGUGCCCGUGUCGCCAGUUGCCGGAACACCGAUGGCUGUGCCAGCUCUGCCCUCGUCGGGGGAGUCGAUGAAAUCGACAAACUCUUCAUGUGGUUCCGCAGGCUCGGAGCAAGCUGCGGCUACACCUGAUCAUGAAGAGACGCCGAUCGAGAAGCCGAAGGUGAAGGCGAAGGCGAAGCCAAAUGCGAAACGGCAAAAGGUGGAGCCGACGACCCCGUUGGAGAAGGGACGCGAUCUGAAGGAUAAGCUUCUGAAGAAGGUGACCAGCACCACGGCACUCGAAACCCAGCUGGCGAGCGUGCCUUUUGCCGACAAGUUGCUCGACGAGAUCAAAACCGAUCUGGAAGCGGCCUACCUUCCCUACGUGAGGGCUCAUCUUGAGCAUUUGAAGAUUUUCGCGGGCCAUGAGACCGCCGCUGAAGCCUUGGUGAAGUCACAAAAGCCGAAGCCGGCGAAAAAGGCGAAAGCCAAAAGCAAGCCGGUUGAGGAAACUGGCGCCUAA